AUGGCAGGAUAUCGAAGGGCGGGGAUUGCAGAUUUUCUGGACUCCUUGUGCGACCAAGCAGAGCUCCUGAGGGCGUUCUACCGGCCGCGGCUCGUCUUCCUGCUGUGCGUCUUCCUCUGCCCGUUCUUCCUGGGCUUCACCACGCUCGCGCUCUUUGGGCACAUCCUGGCUCUCGCCUACUUCUGGGCGCUGUACCUGGCCUUCGUUCUGCCGCUGCCCAUCGCGGUCUUCCUCGCCUGGUACCUCUUCGCGGAAAUGAUACCCGGUGAAAUCAUUGCUGACGUCACGUCGGAGGCAACACCGCGUGUCUAUCCAACCUGGGAAGUGCAGCAGACUGCGGCUCCUCGUGGCCCAUCACUGUGGGAUCGAAGACAGGCCCUGCGCGAGCGGCUGCUCGAAAUGUGCGACGAGAACUUCCUGGAGAGGCGGGUGGCGCAGUUGGCGCGCGGGUACCGGGUGACGGACGUGCGCCUGAACGCGCACCUGCAGAGGUCCAGCUACAUGCUCGACCGGUUCCUGGACACGCUGCUGCAACACGAGGACACCCUCCCGGAUCUGUGGGAGGAACUCCGGUCGUCCCCCGGCCUGGGCCCGUUCGUGGUGGCGUUCCACGGCACUCCCCCGGCCAACAUCCCGAGCAUCCUGGCCCAUGGCCUGCUGCCCACCAGCCGCGUGUCCGACCCGCUGUGCGACUACUUCAGCACCGAUCUAGCCGUCACCCGCCGGUACGUCGACAAGACCAAUCGACUAUGGUACCGCAACUGGCCCGCCCAGUUCCAAGCAGUCGUCUUUCUGCUGCUCAAGAAGGAGCCGGCGGUCGUGGACCACUUUUCGUUCAUCGUGAUGCGCCACGCGGCGUACCAGCUGCCGCUGGGAGUCGUGACGGUAGAGGCGGACUAUGGGCCCCAAGAAUUUUAGCAGGUCGUUUUCAAGCUUCGGCUUCAAAUCGGCGCGAAACUCUUAAAAUACGUCCUGGACAUCUACUGUGGCCUUGUUAAGGUACAUGCCAUAAUACUAUAAGACUUGCCACACAAGCAGCAAAUAGGUGCUCAGCCGCCCGAGCGUCCCAUCGCCAAGUUACUUGCAUACGCUGCCAGUGGGUCGAGUCGAAGGCAGCUUGCUAGGUUUUUGAUUACGUCCAGGUGGAAACGUUAGCGCCUCGCAAUACGUUUACAGAGGCUUGCCACUAACGGAGGCACACUUCGAGGCCGCAUUCUUCUUGACACUGCGGUGAGCGCUUUCUGUUCCAUGCAGCGACGUAGCCUCGACUAUACAUCCGAG